AUGCAGACGCACGCGCCGAUUGGCGGCGUCGCGACAGGCGGCGUGAUCCCUACCCACGACCAGAUCGAACUCGAGCAGCGGCACAUUGGGCGACCCGAUGACAGGGCUUCGACUGAGACGCUUGCGAACGGCAACGACACUGCUGCCGAGCAGAAAGGCGAGUCAGUCAACGUCAAGCGUGCAGAAUCGCAGUUCGAGGACCUUCGCCGCGAACUCAGUCGCAGCUCGUCCCUCCACCGUGUACGGACCGGUCAGAAGGACGUUGAGAAAGAGGGAUCCGAGUCGAGCGAGGACUUUGACCUCCUCGCGUACUUGCGAAACGAGGCGGAUCAGUACGAUGCGGCGGGCUUCAAGCGCAAGGUUGUCGGCGUCUCGUGGGACAAGCUGCGGGUUACAGGAAAUGGCGGUAUCAAGAUGCACAUUCGCACUUUCCCCGACGCGAUCAUGGAGGCAGUCAUGUGGCCCGUCAUCAAGUUCAUGAAGAUGACCAAGACAGGCUGGUUCAAGCCGUCGCCGAAGGACUUGCUCCGCGAGUUUGACGGCUGCCUCAAGCCUGGCGAGAUGUGUCUCGUACUGGGUCGUCCUGGAUCCGGUUGCACGACGUUUCUCAAGACAAUCGCCAACUCCCGCCUGGGCUACCUAUCCGUCGAGGGCGACGUCUCAUACGGCGGCAUCCCCGCAUCGGAGAUGGCGAAGCGGUAUCGUGGCGAAGUCGUCUACAACCAGGAAGACGACGUGCACGCCGCGACUCUGACCGUUGCCCAGACCCUCAUGUUCGCCCUCCGCGUCAAGACGCCCGGCAAGCUCCUGCCCGGCCAGACGAAGAAGUCGUUCAACAAGGAGGUCAUGGACUUGCUCCUGCGCAUGCUCGGCAUCCCUCACACCAAGAACACCAAGGUCGGAUCGGCCUUCGUUCGCGGUGUCUCCGGCGGCGAGCGCAAGCGUGUCUCGAUUGCCGAGAUGAUGGCUACUCGCGCUUCCGUUUGCUCUUGGGACAACUCGACGCGCGGUCUCGACGCCUCGACGGCUCUCGACUACGCCAAGGCGCUCCGCAUCCUCACCGACGUCCACCAGAUGGCAACCUUCGUCUCGCUCUACCAGGCCGGCGAGGGCAUCUACGACCAGUUCGACAAGGUCCUCGUCAUCGACGCAGGUCGCCAGGUCUACUUCGGUCCGGCGAAGGAGGCGCGCGCCUACAUGAUGUCGCUCGGUUACGCCGACCUUCCUCGCCAGACGACUGCCGACUACCUCACCGGCUGCACCGACCCGAACGAGCGUCAGCUCGCGCCCGGUCGCUCCGCCGCCGACGUCCCGUCGACGUCCGAACAGCUCGAGGAGGCGUUCAAGAAGUCGGAGAUCUACUCGAGGAUGAUUGCCGAGCGCGACGAGUUCCGCUCGCGCUGCGAGUCAGAUGACCGUGCACGCAACGAGUUCCGCGAGGCCGUCGAGAAGGGCAAGCGGCGCGGAGUCGGCAAGAAAUCGCCCUACACCGCGUCGUUCUUCGCCCAGGUUUGGGCGCUCGUCAUCCGCCAGUUCCAGCUCAAGGCUCAGGACAAGGUCGACCUCGCCGUCUCAUGGACCACUGCUAUCAUCGUCGCUCUCAUCACCGGCGCCGUGUACUUCCAGAUGCCUGAGACGGCAUCGGGUGCUUUCACUCGCGGCGGCUUGAUCUUCAUUGCCCUCCUCUUCAACUCUUUCCAAGCCUUCAACGAGCUCCCGACGCAGAUGAUGGGACGCGCGAUCAUCCACAAGCACAAGACGUUCGCCUUCUACCGCCCCUCUGCCGCCGCCCUCGCCGCGACCAUCGCCGACGCGCCAAACAACAUGAUCCAGAUCCUCGUCUUUGACAUCAUUGCGUACUUCAUGUCCGGGCUCUACAGAAGUGCCGGCGCCUUCUUCUCGUUCUACGUCACGGUCCUCGGCGGAUUCUUCGCUCUCGCCGGAUUCUUCCGCCUUCUCGGUACCUUGUGCCAGAACUACGACCAGGCGUCGCGCCUUGCGUCCGUAAUCAUCACGUUCAUGAUCACCUACUCCGGCUACCUCAUCCCUACCUUCGCCCAACAACGCUGGCUGUUCUGGAUCAGUUACAUCAACCCUCUCCAAUUCGCCUUCUCGGCAGCCAUGGCGAACGAGUUCAAGCGCAUCAAUCUCAAUUGCGACGUCUCGUACAUCACACCGCACAACGUCAACGGCCAGCUCACGCAAUACCCCGGCACGCUCGGCCCGAAUCAGGUUUGUACGCUCCCCGGCUCGUCGCCAGGCAACCCUAUCGUUCCAGGCGGCGCGUACAUCUCAGCGAGCUUCGACUACAAUGUUGCGGACCAGUGGCGCAAUUGGGGUAUCACCAUCGUUUUCUUUGUCGGAUUCACGCUCAUCCAAGCCUACCUCGCUGAGCGCCUCGACCACGGCGCGGGCGCUCCCGCCAUCAACGUGUUCGCCAAGGAGAACAAGGAGCGCAAGAAGCUCAACGAGGAGCUCGAGAAGAACAAGGAUGCGUAUCGCAAGGGCGAAGUCGAGCAGGACCUGUCCGACCUCGUCCAGACUCGCAAGCCGUUUACCUGGGAGGACUUGACCUACACCGUCCCGGUUCCCGGCGGACAGCGCCAGCUCCUCGACCACGUUUUCGGCUACGUCCGUCCCGGUCAGCUUACAGCUCUCAUGGGUUCCAGUGGCGCCGGAAAAACGACUCUCCUCGACGUCCUCGCGAACCGCAAGACUAUCGGUGUCAUUGGAGGCGAGCGGCUCAUCGCUGGCCGCACGCCCGGCAAGGAGUUCCAGCGCGGCACGGCUUAUGUCGAGCAGCUCGACGUCCACGAACCUACGGCCACCGUUCGCGAGGCUCUUCGCUUCUCGGCGUACCUUCGUCAGCCCGGCCACAUCCCGAAAGCAGAGAAGGAUGCCUACGUCGAACAGGUCAUCCAGCUUCUCGAGCUUGAGGACAAGGCGGACGCCAUGAUUGGUUUCUCUGGCUUCGGUCUCGACGUCGAGGCACGCAAGCGUGUCACCAUCGGUGUCGAGCUCGCUUCGAAGCCGCAGCUGCUUCUCUUCCUCGACGAGCCGACCUCGGGUCUCGAUGGUCAGAGUGCCUACAACAUCGUUCGUUUCCUCCGCAAGCUCGCCGCUGCCGGUCAGGCCAUCCUUGUUACGAUUCACCAACCGAACGCCAUGCUUUUCGAGAACUUCGAUCGCCUCCUCCUGCUCAAGGCCGGCGGCCGCACCGUCUACUUCGGCGAUAUCGGCAAGGACUCUCACGUUCUCCGCGAGUACCUCGCCAGGAACGGCGCGAUCUGCCCCGACAACGCCAACCCUGCCGAGUACAUGCUCGAGGCUAUCGGCGCUGGUUCCGGCCGGCAGGUCGGCAACAAGGACUGGGCCGACAUCUGGAACGACUCUGAGGAGUUCCAGGUUGUCAAGCGCGAAAUCGACGACCUUAAGCGCGACGGACUUGCCAUGCCUGAGGACACAGACCCGUCGCUCAAGAAGGAGUACUCAACGCCGUUCUGGACGCAGUUCCAGGUCGUCAUCUCGCGGACCUUCCUCUCGUUCUGGCGUUCCCCCGACUACGUCUUCACCCGUCUCUUCAACCACAUCUCCAUCGCCCUCGUCGUCGGCCUCACAUUCCUCAACCUGAGCGCGUCGUCAGCUUCGAUGCAGUACCGCGUCUUCGUCUGCUUCUUCGUGACCGUCCUCCCCGCGAUCAUCAUGUCUUCCAUCGAGCCCACGUUCAUCCUGGCGCGCAUGACCUACGUCCGCGAAGCUUCUUCGAAGAUGUACUCGCCCGUCGUGUUCGCCCUCUCCCAGCUGGCCGCCGAGACGCCGUACUCGGUCCUCUGCUCGAUUGUUUUCUUCCUACUCAUUUACUACCCUCCCGGCUUCAACACGGACUCCAACCGCGCCGGCUACGCCUUCGCCAUGAUUCUCUUGACUGAGAUGUUCUCGGUGACGAUGGGCCAGGCCAUCGCAGCGCUCGCGCCGUCUAUCUACGCGGCAGGAGCCGUCAACCCGUUCCUGCUCGUCGUCUUCUCGCUGUUCUGCGGCGUCACCGUCCCGCGACCGAACAUGCCUGGCUUCUUCCGAGCCUGGCUCUACUGGCUCGACCCGUUGACCUGGCUCAUCGCCGGUCUCGUCACGAACGAGUUGCACGACCUCCGCGUUACGUGCCUCGACUCGGAGUACCGCAUCGUUCAGCCGCCCGCGGGCCAGACGUGCUCGGCGUGGCUUCAGCCGUUCGUCUCGGCGGCCGGAGGGUACCUCGCCAACCCGGAUGCGACGAGCAACUGCCAGUACUGCCAGUACUCGGUCGGCGACCAAUUCUUCGAGCCGCUGGGCCUCAGCUUCUCGGAACGUGGCCGCGACCUCGGCAUCUUCCUCUGCUACUCCGUCUUCAACUGCUUCCUCACCGUCCUCGGCGCGACGUUCCUUACCAAGGUCUACAACAAGCGGUAG